AUGGGAACGCCACCCAUAGACAUCUAUGGCAUUGUCGAUACGGGUAGUGACCUUACUUGGACGCAAUGUGCACCUUGUGAUGGGUGCAACCAGAAAAGUAAUCCCCCAUUUGAUCCUUCAAAGUCCUCAACAUAUAGUGACAUUUCUUGUGAAUCCAAUACAACAUGUGAUCAAUGUUCUCCUGAAAAUCAGUGCAUGUAUGAUUACAGGUAUGUAGAUGGUUCCUUCACCAAAGGUGUUUAUGCCAAAGAAAGUGUAACCAUGACUUCCACCUCAGGAGAAAAUGUUUCCUUCGACAUUAUUUUUGGGUGUAGUCAUAACAGCGGAGGGGAUUUCAAUGACCCUGAGAUCAUGGGAAUCGUUAGUUUAGGGCUAGGGGGUUCAUCCUUUGUUACUCAAAUAGCUUCCGUCUUUGGCAGUAGGAGCUUCUCCCAUUGCUUCACCACAUUUGGCAGUGAUCCUAACCUUUCAAGCAAGAUAAGUUUUGGGAAUGACAGUAAAGUUUCGGGUGUUGGCGUGGUUUCAACACCUUUAAUAUCCAGAAAGGAUGAAUCUUUGUAUGUUGUCGCACUAAACGGAAUUAGUGUUGGAGAUAAAUAUUUGCCCUUUCACUCUUCUUCCGUUUCCACUACAGGAAAAGUUGUUCUUGAUUCAGGAACUCCGCUCAUGCAUUUCCCACAAGAUUUAUACGACCGCUUGGUGGCAGAAGUAAAGAAGCAGAUUCCAUUGAAUCCCAUUUAUAUAGUGUAUGUUUCUGAAAGUAGUACUACUACUGGUGAAUUUGGGAUAUAUGGAAACUUAGCUCAAUCAAAUUUCUUGAUCGGGUAUGAUAUAGAACAAAUGACCAUCUCUUUCAACCCCACUGACUGCACCAAAUACUGA